UUAAAUAUUUUAGAACGCCGCCGAUUGGAGGUAAAUCGGAAUGAGACAGUUAGCCGUCACGCGCUGUCGGCAACGCACGUGCGGUAGAAGCGCCAUGUUCCGCGCGGUCACAGACAGUUGGAAGCGGUAUUGGUGGGGAACAGGCAUACUACCAGACAGAAGCAAUCGAGUCGAGGACAUUUAUCUGCGGUUUUAUAACGGGAAUACGGCCGAAGAUUAUGUCGAUUUCCCGCUGUCUCAGGCGCGUCGGCUUUUUGAAAUCAAAGGUUUCGACAAAAAUAACUCCACAGUAUUAUACAUUCAUGGCUUUAUCGAGACAGCUCAACAAGAAAGCGUUCAGGUGAUGGUCAGCGCGUAUUUAGAAGCUAGGCCCGGAACUAACAUAGUGCUCCUAGAUUGGUCUAACAUGUCACACGGCUCAUAUCUAGUCAAUGCUGUUCGGAAUUCCAAAAAGGUAGGGUUGGCAGCAGCGGAACAACUGAACUCGUUGUUAGAAGGCGGCCUGCUAUUGGAUAGACUGCACGUGAUUGGUCACUCUCUCGGAAGCCACGUGGCCGGCUAUGCGGCGAGGGAACUUCGGGCCAAAUAUAGCAAAACCAUUAAGAGAUUGACAGCCCUGGACCCAGCAUUCCCCGCGUUUUAUCCCGAUGGCAUAGUGAUGGAGCACAUCAACGCGAAAGACGCGGAGUUCGUGGACGUGAUACACACGGACGCGGGCGGGUACGGCGCGCCCGUGCGCACGGGCACUGCCGACUUCUGGCCUAAUGGGGGGAAGAGCGUGCAACCUGGGUGUCCCAGGUUCGCGCCUAUACCGCUCUCCGAAGAUAUUUCCAGCCUAACGAACUUGACCGAAAUAACGGCUUCUUCCAUAUUUCCCAAGAGGUCAUCGGCUGAGAAGAAACUUCGAAUGAAGGAAAAGAAACAAAACAAUCUCUGCAGCCACUGGAGAUCGUGGCGUUUCUUCGCGGAGUCUGUACGGAACCCUGAAGCGUUCCCAGCUUCCCCUGCUUCAUCUUACCAGAAAUUUAGGGAAAACCCCACGCCAGAAGUUGGGAUGGUCUAUAUGGGAUUCAACUGUGAUACUAGCGCCCAAGGAUCUUACUAUAUGACGACGAACGGACAAAGCCCGUUUGGAAAAGGUAUGGAGGGACUUUAUUCGAAGGGAAAGAAGCAUUCGUUGAAGAACUCAAAGUAAAGAGCCCUGAUUACAAUUACAAUUUGAUAACUAAGUUAUUAGCCCUCUUAUUCAUAAAAAAUUACAUAUUUUAGUUAAAAGGCUUAGUUAUGUGUUUUGUCCCAAUUUAACUUUAAAUACUUAUGCUUGCAUGUUUUUCGGAAAAACUCGGGAUAAAUAUUGAUUUUAAUAUUAAUUUGUCAAUGUCAAAUAAUAAGAAUUUUUAGGGGUGCAUAUGUAAUUAGUUGAAUUAGCACUCUGCAGGUUCAAUAUUUGAUAUGGUGAUCAAAAUCUAAAACAUUCAAAAGUCAUUUAGAAAAAUCAUUUAAUUCAAAAAUAGCGACGCCCAUACUGGAUCAAUUUCCGAUCCAGUUAAGCAAGUGUGCAACUGACAUUGAAAAAAUUAGACAAAGGAUAUUUUAACUGACACAGGCUAUCAACUUUUUUAUGAAUAAGAGUGUUUUUGCACUUGGCAGCUGUUUCGGACAGUUUUUACAGGUUUUUAUAGGAUCUGUUUGAUACAUUGUAAGUUUUGAAAUUGUUUAAAAUACCUAUAUCGAUUUUUGUUACUGUAGAUGCGUACAACUAACGUGAUUAUAUACCUGUCACAAGCAAAUUGAAGACGAUGACGAUGGUAUAAUAUAUUAUGUAUGUAUCUACGUAAUAAAGCGAAUAGCGUAAUGACGUCAAUCGCUCGUUGUGUCACAAAAAAAUAAUUAUCUACAAGGACAGCGAGCUCGAAAUUUCGCAUUUGGUAAUGUAUUCAAAUUGUCUUCAGAUCUGCACGAUUUUUUUAUAGUUAUCUAAAAAACUCGAUCUUUGAGAUUGGUCCAUAUGUAUUUAUUAAAAUACAAAAUACAUAUCGAGAAACUGCCAAGCGUUAUAUAGGAGAUAAAGGGUGAGUUGGACCAGUCAACUUUGACUUUAACCUGUGCGCCACUGCCGUUUAGACAUGUGUACCUCACACAAGUACCUUAAGUAAUUAAUCUGUUUUAUUGUGUUGUCCAAAAGCUUUAGAUGUUUCAUCACAAAGUGAUGAAAACUGUAGGUUCUCAAUGUAUAGGUCCUACAUGUAUUAAAUAAUUUGUACUUAAUUACAUCAUUUAUUUAUUCAUAUUUAUGUUAUUGUAUGAUGUAUCUCACUAAGUAUACAGGCACAAUUUGGUAGACAUUCCUAUUAGUUCCCCUAAAACUUAUUAUCUAAAUAUCAGUUGUGUUUUUAAUUUUUUUUUCUUGCUUGAUCAGUAAAGGAUCAGACAUUAAUGGAGAAAUUGUACAUAACGGACCAAAUUGGAAUUACACUAAAUGGCUAUGACAUGUUGUGGGGGUCGCUCAUUUGCGUUGUCAUGGUAAAUUCUUGCCACUAGUAUUUAUAUAUUUAUGUACCUAAUCGUAUAUUUCAUGAUGGCUAUCAGUAAAUAUUGUAAAUAAUAACUACAUGUCUAAUAUAAAUAACUGAGUCAAGAUAAUGUUUUUAAAAUCUGUCAAUUUAAUAUGAGCCUAUUUAAUGUUACACCACUGCGUUCAAUCAAUACUUCAGAUUUUUUUAAAACAUAAUUGUAGAAUCUGGAAAUGUCAGACGAGUUUAAACCGCCAGAUUCUGUGAAUGCCAAAUUGUACUGAUAAUAACAACAAUAUAACUUUAUUGGAAUCUGGCAUUUAUAGAAUCUGACAUUUCUGAGUAGGACAUUCGCACUCAUCCCAAAAAUGUUCUUUUCUCUCUGCAUCAUCUUUUGAUUGGCUGAUAAAAAAAGCCUCAGGCUUAAGUCCGCCUUGUACAGUCAACAGCACAGCAAGUUACCCUGCAUCAACCUCUAUGACGCUGUAAUAGCAGCUUACAUUGAAUUUGGGUAGGUUGUUGUGCUGUUGAAUGUAUCUACAUGUUAUUGUAAUAAAGUUAAAUAAAAAAUAAAAAAAUUAAGUAAUUUCUAUGAGGGCGAGGGUUGCAAAUAAUAAUUUAUUAUAACCUUUUCUUAUACAUUUAAUAGUGUUCAAUUAGUACUUAAGGUGUAGAAAAAACUGGGUGUAAAAUAUUUUCAAUUUUACCUAAUUUUGUACCUUUUAAUUUUGUAGAAAUACCAUAGAAAAAUAAAUUAUACUUAAUACAUGCCAAUUUCAUGGUAAAUAGCUACGAGAUUGUAAUUUUUUCAACUCUAGAUAUAGUAGAAAAAAUUAAGAAAAAUAGUCAAACAUGUUCAUUGUUCAAUAAUUUGGGCCUAAUUUCUCAACCAACAUUGCGAAAACAAAAUAAAUUUAAUUGUGUUAAAAUAUUGGUGAAGUAGAUAACGCGUGAAGAUGAAUGAAUCUUCAUCACACAAUCAAAUAGUCGUGCAAUAUUAUUGAAUAUACAGAACGGAGAGUAACAUUUAGUCCCGCAAAAACUGCUUCUGCGCAAAAUUACGGACAAAAACUAGUGGAACAUAUUGAAUAUAAAAUGGUUAGGUAGCAUGAUAGUCGUAUAAUAAGCAGAUGUGAUUUCUUUGUGUAUUGUACCUAUGGUUCACAUUUCUAUGGCCUACUACUUGGAAAAUAGUAAAAUAUCAAAAAUAAUAUCAACACUCCAUAUAUUUAGGUAGGUUUAGUGGACUAUUAAUUUAAAAUCACAGUAAUAAUAUUAUAGUUGGUAUAUAUUUUAAAAUACGAUUCAAAUGAAUGUGAAUGAUAAUCACGAUAAAAAUAUGUCUAUAAUAUGCAUUCACAACUUAUACGUUUUAUAUUUUUUGAAAUUUCAUAAUCACAAUAUAGAUAGUGUAGCCGUGAACAUUAUAUGUAUUGAUGUAAUAUAGUUAGAUAUUUAUAAAUGUACCAUAAAUUAUAUAACUUUUACAAAAAAUGUUGGUGGAAAUUAUAAUGUAUGAAAUAAAAUAGUGAACAAUU